AUGGCACCUCCGCCGUCGAGUGAGGCCAGAAUCACGGAGGCCAAAAAGCUGGCCAAAACCGAUCCAGCCCAAGCAGAGAGCAUCUACAAAGAGGUUCUGGCACAGUCACCAGGUUCCAACCAGGCCGCUUUGCAGAGUUACGAGAACGCCCUUGUCGGCUUGGGAGAACUCUAUAAGGAUACCAAGCGCUUAGACGAUCUCGCAGAGCUGGUGAAGACCAGCAGGUCCACAUUGUCUUCCUUUGCUAAAGCGAAGACGGCCAAACUUGUUCGGCAAUUACUUGACUUCCUCGCAGAGAUCCCCAACUCUCUAGAGACUCAAAUCGCGACCACCAAAUCAUGUAUCGACUGGGCGAAUGCGGAAAAGCGAUCCUUCCUCCGUCAGAACCUCGAAACGAGACUUGUCGGACUCUACAUGCAAAAGCAGGCGUAUUACGACGCCCUCACACUGAUCAAUGGUCUGUUGCGGGAGCUCAAACGGCUCGAUGAUAAGCUUGUUCUUGUAGAGGUGCAAUUGCUGGAAUCCCGCGUCUACCAUGCUCUCACCAAUCAAGCCAAAGCCAGAGCUGCACUGACUUCAGCAAGAACAUCUGCUGCGUCGGUUUACACCCCACCACUUCUGCAAGCAGGACUGGAUAUGCAGAGUGGCAUGCUGCACGCCGAGGACAAAGACUUCAACACCGCAUUUUCGUAUUUCAUCGAGGCGCUGGAAGGAUAUCAUGCUCAGGACGAUACCGCUCGAGCCACGUCGGCAUUGCAGUACAUGUUGCUUUGCAAGAUCAUGUUGAAUCUGGUAGACGACGUUAACUCUAUACUGGCUUCGAAGCAGGCGCAGAAGUAUGCUGGGACGAGCUUGGAGGCUAUGAAAGCCGUUGCCAAAGCCCAUGCCAACCGAUCCCUUGAGGAAUACGAGCAAGCUUUGUCGAAUUAUCGCUACGAGUUGGGCAGCGACGUGUUUAUUCGAAACCAUCUGCGACGGUUGUAUGAUGCAAUGUUGGAGCAGAAUCUGAUCAAGGUCAUUGAGCCAUUCAGUCGGGUGGAAAUUGACCACAUCGCAAAGAUGGUUGGUCUGGACACACAGCAGGUUGAAAGAAAACUGUCUCAAAUGAUUCUGGACAAGGUCAUUAUUGGUGUGCUAGAUCAGGGCGAAGGAUGUCUGAUUGUCUACGAAGAGGUCGACAGAGAUACUGGCUACGAUGCUGCGUUGGCGACGAUCGAGAAGCUCAGCAAUGUGGUUGAUGUGCUCUACACCAACCAGGCGGCUUUGUUAGAAUAG